UCAUCAGGUGGCGCCGAAGCGCUGACGUCAGAUUGGCGCGACGGUUCAUCGGGCGCUCAGAGCGAAAAACAGAAACAGAAGAAGAGAAGCAGAAGAAGAGAAGCAGUGAAGGAUCCUGGAUCAGUCAUUGAUCAACUGUUACUGACCCUCACAUGAGAUGCAGUCUGGAUCAGAUUCUCCUGGUCCUGGUCCUGAUCCUGGUCCUGGUCCUGGUCUAAAGUCAGUCAGAAGAUCUCCUCGUCUGUCUCCUCAGAGCAGCAGUAAAGGAAAGGAGGGAAGGAAAGGAGGAGGCUUCCUGAAGGAGGUGAAGAGGAGAGGAAGGAUGGAGAGGAGCCGAGAGACAGACGAGGAUCUGAUUGACAGACUGCAGACGCUGGACGUGUCCAGCAGGUCCCAGGUCUCAGGAACAGGUCUAGUUUACUCUGAGAUCUUCACUCAUCAUAAGAACCUCUGGGAUGCCAGUCAUCCAGAGAGACCCGACAGAGUGACGGCCAUCAUGGAGGAGCUGGACAGACAGGACCUGCUGUCUCAGUGCACCAGAGUCCAGAUCAGAGAGGCUGUAGAAGAAGAACUGCUGCUCGUUCACAUGAAACAAUAUUUUGAUCUGAUGAAGUUGACUCAGACGAUGACAGAAAGUGAACUUCACACUCUGUCUGAGAAAUAUGACUCGGUGUAUCUUCAUCCUGAGUCCUACCAGGUGAGUGUGUCUGCGGUGGGUUCUGUCCUCCAGCUGGUCGAUCAGGUGAUGACCUCAGACCUUAGGAACGGAUUCGCUGUCAUCAGACCUCCAGGUCAUCACGCUCAGUCUAAUGAGUCCAACGGUUUCUGCAUUUUCAACAAUGUGGCGAUUGCAGCUCGAUACGCUCAAACCAGACACUCAGUCCGCAGGGUGUUGAUAGUGGACUGGGAUGUUCAUCAUGGUCAGGGCAUCCAGUACCUGUUCCAGGAAGACCCCAGUGUCCUGUACUUCAGUGUCCACAGGUAUCAACAGGGAUCUUUCUGGCCUCACCUGUCAGAGUCUGAUAGUCAGUUUGUUGGCAGCGGACGAGCUGAAGGAAGAAACAUCAACCUGCCCUGGAACAAGACGAUGAUGACAGACGCUGAUUACAUCGCAGCUUUUCAACAACUCUUACUUCCUGUAGCCUACGAGUUUCAGCCUCAGCUGGUUCUGGUUUCUGCUGGAUUUGAUGCUGCAGUCGGAGAUCAGAAGGGGGAGAUGUGUGUCACUCCUCAGUGUUUUCAUGUUCUGACUCACAUGCUGAUGAGUUUGGCAGAAGGUCGACUUGUUUUUGCUCUCGAGGGAGGUUAUAACCUGCAGUCGACAGCGGAGGGCGCUGCAGCCUGUGUGAGAGCUCUGCUGGGAGGAGCCUGUCCUCCUCUGACCCCACCCACCGCUCCCUCUGACAGUGCUCUGCAGUCCAUCUCUCAGACUGUUUCAGCUCUGUAUCCUCACUGGGUGUCUCUGCAAACACUGGAAGGCGGCCCGUUGGCUGAGGGCCGUGUCAUGAGAGCAACAACCAAUCAGCAGAGCACAAAGCAGACAUGCCCGGCUCCCUCUGUUGCCACCGUAACAGGUCUGGUUUAUGACGAGAGGAUGAUGGAGCACCUGAACAUGUGGGACAGAAAUCACCCUGAACAGCCUCAGAGAAUCUUUAAAAUCUUCUCCAAACAUCAGCAGCUGGGAUUGGUCGAUCGCUGCCAACGGAUACCAGCUCGCUUAGCAACAGAGGAGGAGUUGUCCAGUUGUCACAGGUACAUACAAUUACGUGUAUAUAUGUAUAUAUAUUAGUGCCGGGCAAGUUAACGUGUUAAUUUCGCGUU